AUACUCUGAACUAUUACUUGGUCUGCAGUGCUGGCUCCCCAAAUCCCUUCCAGCAGAAGCUGUCAGGAAGCCACAAAGCCCUGGUGGAGAUGCAAGACGACGUGCUGGAGCUGAUGAGGUCGGCCGUCAGGGAGUACCCCACCUCCAAGGAGUUCCUCAGCCGGGUCCAGGAAGUCCUGAACUCCACAGAAAUCAACCUGCAGCACUUGACCGCCCUGGUGGACUGCCGGAGCCUGCAUCUGGAUUACGUCCAGGCGCUGACGGGCUUCUGCUACGAUGGCGUGGAAGGCCUGAUCUACCUGGUGCUCUUUUCCUUUGUCACGGCCCUGAUGUUCAGCUCCAUCGUCUGCAGCGUCCCCCACACGUGGCAGCAGAAAAGGGCUUCGGAGGACGACGGAGAGGAGGAGUCGACGGCUCAAGGAAACCGGCAAACCCACGACAACCUGUACCGGGUGCACAUGCCCAGCCUGUACAGCUGCGGGAGCAGCUACGGCAGCGAGACCAGCAUCCCGGCCGCGGCGCACACGGUCAGCAACGCGCCCGUCACGGAGUACAUGAGCCAAAAUGCAAAUUUCCAGAAUCCUCGCUGUGAGAACACCCCACUGAUUGGCCGAGAGUCCCCACCUCCCUCUUACACCUCCAGCAUGAGAGCCAAAUACCUCGCCACCAACCAGCCUCGGCCAGACUCUGACGGUGCGCACUAAAGAACAAACAAACUAGAAUACCUUUGAAGUAAAAAAUCGGAAUAAAACGUGCCAACCGCUGCCAUCCCAUAGCGCCCUCGCGGAGCAGCCCUGCUUUCUUCCCGACCCGAACCCGACUCUGUGGCUUUUUUCCCCCCUGCUUCGCCGACCCACCCACCUGCCUGGGACCUGUUCAUCUUUGGAAGGAACCUAGAGGGUAGCUUGCUGAAGACCAAGGCUGGGUUUAGUUAUGUGUAUGGGGAAGUGGUGAAUAAGCACGUGUGCCUGUGGCAGUCGAUCUGAGUCGACCCUCUGUGUACAGAACUAGCUUUGUCACCAUUCAGCCCGGAAAUACUUUGCAAAAAAUGCUGGCCUCCUCCUCCUCCUCCUCCAUGGCCCACCUAAUCCGUAGAAGAGAAGAUCGUCUUCAUCAGGCGGCCGGAGAAAAGUUGAUCUCUUCGUCUUGCAGAAGUGCCAUGGAUUAUGACGUGCUGAUACAAGGAAGCCGUCUUUAAUGCGCACAUAGUCAUAAAGCUCAUCUCUUGCCCAGUCCCUUCUUGCAAACCCGGUUGUCCGUUUUUGGGGCCUUUUUUUUUUUUUUUUUGGUGCUACUGUGGAGAAAGAACUGCCCCCUUCUUCACGGCAUGAUCCGUCUCCUGCUCGGAAUUGGGAUUGUCGCUUUUUUCUUUCUUUUUUUUAAGAACUGGGAUAUCUGUCGAUUCCUUUUGUGGCUCUCGGAUACGUGACCCCUUCCUUCCUUUGUACCUAGCUCUAACUUCGGGGGGGGGGGAGCAGGCAGGUUCCCUGCAACAGCUGCUCUUUGCAACGUUACUCCCUACCCACGCGCGAGCACAUGCGCGCUUUCCCACGAGCUGCGCUGGACUAGCGUGUGCCACUUUGACCUUGUAUUUUGUAACCACAGUUAGCGGGGUGGGUGUACCCUGUUGGACUGUGCACACUGAACCUGAGCCGUUGAUCUAAAACAAAAAAUAAUUCCAGAAGAUUAAAGGGGCAUCAGGGUGAACUAGGGGUAGUAUUUGGAAGCGAGAGUACAAGGAUAGUCCUCUGCCAGGAGUUAGUGUAGUGGGGAACAAACAAGCAAAGACGCUUUCCCUUCCCAGAAGCUCAGGAGACCAUCUGCCUUGUCCAUGAUAACCCCCCGAUGGGUAGUGCGGCAUGUUCUUGAAGAAUUGGCUUUUAGAUGUGUGAUCUCUGGGAACAUCCCCGGGCACAAGAUGGAGAAGGAAAGGAAAUGCUUAGGUACAUAUCGGAACAGGCUCCUCCCCCUCUCAAAAGUCUUAAUUUUCAUAUGUGGCCCAAUUUCUGUUGCCUCUGAGCGUGCCGAGGCGGAGGGAUAGCAGGGAUCGAAUGACCAUUUGGGCGCUCAAAUGAGCAAGACCGUCGGAUGUUCUCAUGCUAGAAUGUGCUCCUCUUAUCAAGCAAGAACACAGCUCGCGAGGAAACUUCAGGCAAAGGAAGGCCGUUUUCAUUCCCCCUUUUUUUAAUGUUUGGAUUUCCCUUUCAGCAGAACUAAACCCAAAGGAGAAAACGAAAGGGGUAAAAUCCCUCAGAACAGCAGACGAGAGAGUUUGUUGUUUUUGCCUGCAGGCUGAGGUGCCCAAAGGACUCCCCUAGACUUAGAAUGCUUUAUUUUUUAAUCCCCGUUGAGCUGUGCUGCUGCUUCGGCUUUCAGCUCCCGUCUCUUCCACAUUCCAAGAAAGUCCUCCUUUAGAAAUGUGUCUUGCUUUGAGAGGUGGCUCUUUCGAGCCUUUUUGCCGAGAAAACGAAGGGGCGCUAGAGGGUCUUAAGAUCCUCAAAUGUUGUCCGUGGCAUUGCGAGAAGGAAGAAUAAAGUCAGCUCAUUCCCUGUCUGGCAUUCGUGUAACAUGACCCUUAUUAAUCCUAAGAGCCUGCAGAUGGGUCAGAAGUGUUGUGCAGACACACAGCAAACUUUUAAGUACAUCGGCGUCUAGGCGAUGAUAGCAUCACAUCUGGUGCUGUCAGGAAGGGCAGCUAGGGAGUUAAAGGCAGCCACUGUCGUUCCCCCGAUCCCUAACGGGAGAAAAAUCACUUCCCGUUGGUUUGCUAAUCGGACUCGAGAAAUGGACCGAGUCCCACUUUGAGGGCCCUGACUCAAGCAGCAGCCCCAGGUUAGGCGUAGAACGUGUGCUCGGUUGGUGGUGGAGGAUCGCCUCUGUCCCCAAGUGCACCCGUAUGGUGCGCGCAUUUCCGAAACCCCUGUUCUUCACAUCUGUAGGUAACGUACGCGAGUCCCAAAAUGUGUUUCUUCGGAAGAUACUGAGGAUGCAGCCCUGACUAUACGAAGCUCUCUUUGCUAGCAUAGCUGUAGUUCUUGGAGGCAAGAAUCUUGAGGAAGGCAAGCCCUUCAGGCAGGUGGUCUUGUCCCCACCGUCCCACCCCGUGCCUCACAAUUAGCCCCAGGAGCAGAAAAUGGAAGGGUGUAGAAUGUACCGGGGAGACCACGCUUUCAUCAGAGCCAGGGACCUACCCUUACGUUGCAGUAACCACUAUAGACAUUACCUUCACCAUCUCGCUUCACGGCACAGCCACUACUUAUGCCACGAGUCCCGACGGGACAUUGCUGUUGUAUCCCAAGUUGCAGAUGGAAGACGUAAAUAAAUAAAUAAAUAGAUGUGGGUCCUAAAAAGGAGAGUCAGACUCCCCCCCCCCCCCAACACAAUGCUACUACAAUGCAAGCCAUGAGGUCUCGGUAUACUGCCUGCAUUCCAUCUGGGGGGACUUCUAGACUCUGCUUCCGGAGAUGGCCAUGGCAGACAACGGGCUUUUACCGCCUACGACGCAGGACCCCGGUGUAUUUUAACGAACAUGGGCGAGACUCAACUUUUUGGAACCUUUUUGUAUGACGGGAAAACAACAACACGUGGACUCCUGUGUGAUAUCAGCAGCUCAUGGGGCUCUCCGGGGGCUGGUCUUCUACACGAAUCGGCUUCAGAGCGUUGGUGUGCGUGUGUGAUCGCUUGCACGGGUGUGACGAGAAGCUCGUACGGCCGCAGCCAGUUAGUGCGACGUGACUUUCCCUGCAGUCUCUUAUGCCAUCCCGAAGCACCUCGCGGUUGCAGCAUGUCAGUGGAAUGGGCUUCUCGGGAGUUGUGUUCCCUACCCACCCCGACCUCCUCCCUUUGCUUUCCAGAGCCCGCUUCUGACAAGAUCGAUCCCAAAUCUUUGUCCGGCAGGGGGUUCAUCUUCUAGCUGACUUUGGUGCUCAUCGGGGCUCUGAACCGUUUUUGGUGUAGCGAGUAAACCCGCAAGAGACUCUCUUCCCCCACGCACCCUUUUCCUAAUUUGUACGAGUUUUUAAGCGAUAACGAUAUCUCGACACCAUAUUGCUUGGAAUGUGAACCCUUGGCUGAUCUCCUUGGCAUCUCUCCCAUCAUCACUUCGAGACCACCGCCAUGCUAUCGACUUACGUUUCGGACAUUCAGGAGACAUCGGAGUCCAACCUUGUCUGAAUCCAGAUGCGAAAGCCAUAGGCUGGGAUAUAAGUAACUGGAGCGGUCAAGAUCUUCUUUGCUUUUCCCUCGAACGUACACAGCACGAUCUGGUUGUCCGGUUUAUUUGGUUGAGGUUUUCAUUCCCACCCCCCACACCCCCCCGGCUGCAUCAUCACAGCACCUUUAAAAAAAAAAUCAGUAAAUUUGUGAUGUGAAUCAAGGAUCUUGUCAAGCACACAGACAUCUCCACAAUGUGAAAUGUAAAUAGCAUGCUGAGACUAUUCACGUCCAGUGUUCAAGACUGCAUUGUAAUUGUUAAAAAAAACAAAAACAAAAGGAAAUCGAAUCAAGACUUGGCUGUGAAUUUUUAUUUUUUAUUUUUUAUCUGUGUGCUGUCUUGGGAAUAUAACUGUAGUGUUUGUAUCCUGUACGUAAUAUUAGCUGAUGCCGUUUUGAGUUCACCUAUGGCUGAUUUCUUUUGAAGGGGGGAGGGUCUCAAGGUAAAAACCGUGUCACCCCUCCAUCUUCCCCACUCUGAGGAGUUAGAUUUGCCCCCAAUCUAUGUGUAAAAACAGUUUCAUUUGGAAGGUGCUUCAGUGUGAUACCUCACGUGCAGACAGCUCGACAGCAACAAAGUUGCAUCGUUUGUAACCAUGUGCACAGAAGUGAGUUUUGAAAUGCUCUUUGUACAUCCACAUUCAGAGGGCUAAGGCUUGAUAAAAAAAUUCCCAGCAAUGCUUUGUCUCAUGCCCUUAGGAAUUGCCACUCAGCUGAUAGUUCUGGCGUCUAGAGGUUUUACGCCCGCACAGCUUGUCACUCCCCAAGCCAGAUUUUUGUUGUUGUUACCCAAAAAUGAUGCCAUUGGAACACCACCGAACACAACCGUUAGACUGGGCUUGGUGAGUCGCAAGACACGCGUGCCAACCGAAGUUUCGUGCCGAACGUCGUUUCAGCGAACAUUCACCUAGUCCCUGCUCUGCUUUGGAUGUGCAUGUUAUCUUGCCCUUUGGUUGCAAGCCUUUGUGCAGGGAAGGAACUCCACACGCCUUGGAGAGUGAUCGCUAAUGAAAUGGCUGACUGAGCCAAGGACUGAGAAGCAGUGACCCGCGUAGGUGGAUUUUGAUCAGUGACGUUGCAGGAGAGAAAGGUAACGAAAACACAAGAGACUGAGGGGGUUGCCAUAAUCUGUUCAAUGUGAUGCUUCCUUGAUGCGCAAUGCGAGUUCCUUAACAGGGAAGGAUGCAACGACUGGGGUUGUUUGAUGCUGUGAUGACAGCCAUUGGGUGAUAGUUGAGUUGAACAAAAUGUUGGCCACUGGGGGGGGGUCUCAUGUGGUUCCUGUUAUCAUUGACAUCUCCCUCAUUCCUUUAUUUCUGGGGGGAGCACGUGAGUAUCUUUCAGUCCCGUCUCGAAUUCACUUGCCAUCCUCCACAAGGUGGUGGGUACCAAACGCCUUAUGAGCUUUUCCUGAUUCAUACUCCAGCGUUAACUGGGCAGCUAAGAUAAUCGCCCCCACCUGUACCACAGAGGCACAGUCCUCUAAACCCUAGAAUUCUCAAGCUCCAGUUCCAUGCGCGGACUUCCUCCCUGGUGUUGGGCGAAGGAGGGUCAGCGGUAAAGGUACCCAGUGACCCAAAAUAUUUCCAUUUCCGUAACCGCCGUUUUAUCAGUUUGUCUGGCAACUGAUGAUGGAGUUCGCUGGCUAGGACUGAGCCAUGCCAUUAGCUCUCCGCUUAUUAAGCUGUAGCUCCCCCAUGCGGCGCAUGAGGCGGUAUGGCGGUCUGCUGUCCUGUGAGCACAGCACAGCCUCUAGGACACACCUAGAGGAGCUCUUUGAGCCCUGGCCUUUGUGUGGACGUCUAACUUGCCGCGAGACAUUAUUCCAGGGAUCAAACGAGGAUCUUGGCCGCCGGCUUUUUGGUGCGGUGUCAAAGAAGGUUGGUAGAGACCCCGACAGAGUCUGAGUUCACAUCUGUGCCGCUAUAGUAGGAAGGUUGGAAGCUUAGAUAAGGGAGCCGGGAUCCCCCCAGGUGGUUUCUGUCAUUUGCAGCUUAAACUUCAACGGUGGGCGGAGGCUGCUUAGCCACCCCUACUCGUUAAAUCGUCCUCUCUGUCAAUGGGGAAACCGCCCCUCCACGACCUGCGCGAAACGUGCAUUGACGUCCUGCGAAGGAAGAUUUGCAGGGCUUUCUCGUGGCAUGCUUUAUUUUUGCUUUUGUCCUUAACUUAUUUAUUUAUAACUCUGAAAUGGUGCCCUUCCACCUUGGGAGCAUUUGGACCAAACGAAAAUACCGGGACCAGUUUUCAAGAUGACGGCAAUUUUACGCAGCCGCGGGGAGUUGCAGAUUCUUAUUUCUUCCUUUCAGCGUCAAAGACGGGGAGGAACCAGCACUGUCAGGGGUCGCUCGAGGUGCCUAGCUUAUCUACACCACUGUUUUCCCUCUCUAUGCAAUGUUCAUUCUCCCAUUUCCCCACCUCCGCACACAAAACACACAAUUCCCGUUUUGGAAUCUUUUACAGAAGCUUCAUAUCCAAAGAGCGUUGAGGCCUGCUGGGGUUGGCAAGUGACUUUAUCCCCCCCCAUCCUGUGAAAACUGGCCGGUUCUCUGCACGUUCAGGCUGUGGCAAAACUCGCAAAAGCAGGUCAAUUUUCUAUUUUACGGAUAGACCGGCAUAGGAUUCUGAGUAGACCGGCUUCCAGUGGCAGUGCUGGUAACGUGCACAGCCAUCCGAAGAAGAGUUACACCCGUUGAAGUUCACCAAAGUCAGUGGGUUUAGGAGGGUGUAACCCUGUUUAGGAUUGCACUGGCAAGUUUGUAACGCCCACUGUAAAUCCCAUAUCAGCAAGAGUGCCAGUCUCCUGUGGAUUUAAUUCUUCUGGAUUUUGAAAUCCCGCCCCCCACCCCCUUAGGACAUUUGUGUGUGUGUGUGUGUGUGUGUGUACAAAACUUACCAGUGAAAAUUAACUGGCCUUUGUCCCUUUGUUUCUUAUUCUGAUCUUCUUUUAAACCACAUUGGCUGUAUAUCAUACCACUUUAUAUAUACAUAUAUAAUAUAAAUAUAUAUAUAAUUUUUUAAAAGUCGUUAGGCAGAACUUGGUCCUUUCAAGUGGUCUGCACUUACCCCCGAAAAAUGUUUUUUUGUUUGUUUUGUUUCUCAUUCUGGGGAUUUAAACCG